UGGACGGAAGUUCGUGCAGUAAGCCAAUCAACACGCCGGUAAGAACUAGUUUAUCGCGCCAACUUCCGCCGCGUGCCGUAUGUUGUAGCUUCUAAACGAGCGAUAAACAUUCGUUCUUAUUUAUCUUAAUAAUAUCAAUCGUUAUCGCUUGUAUGUAUUCAGAAAUCUUAUACAAAAGCUAAUCAUAACCAAACAUUUUAUAACGCAAUCGAGAACCAUGUUAUGGCUUUGUUCAAAUUAUAUAAAGUAGCAGAUUGUAUAUCGUGCGGCCCGAUAGUCCAAAGCACGGUUAGCAAUUUGUGCAAACUCUCAAAUGUUUCUUGUUUCGUAAGACGAUACUUUUCGAAACGCGUCAUGAGAGUACUCAAUGUCGCUGAGAAGCAUGAUGCUGCUAAAAACAUUGCUGCCCAUCUGUCACGUGGCAGCAGCAGAAAGAGGGAAGGUUUAUCCGUCUAUAAUAAAAUCUUUGAAUUUAAUGUACAACUAUGGGGGCAAAACUGCCAAAUGGUAAUGACAUCGGUAUCCGGCCACUUAUUAGGCUUUGAAUUUAAUGGAACUUAUCGUAAGUGGCAAGGUUGUCACCCGUUGAGCCUAUUUGAUGCUCCAGUAUUCAAACAAUGUUCCGAGGAAAGUUAUAUCAAGAUCAAAAAGACUCUGGAGCGAGAGGUACGGUCUUGUGGUGCAUUAAUCAUCUGGACAGAUUGCGACAGAGAAGGGGAGAAUAUAGGCUUUGAAGUCAUACAGGUCUGUCAAGCGGUCAAGCCAGAUAUUCGCAUUUAUAGAGCAAAAUUCUCCGAAAUUACAAAGCAGUCUAUCGAGAGAGCAUUACAAACCUUGGGAGAACCUGACAAAGCAAUGAGUGAUGCUGUAGACGUAAGAAGCGAAUUAGACUUAAGAAUUGGUGCAGCCUUCACUAGGUUUCAAACAUUGAGACUGCAGAAGGUGUUCCCCAACACUCUCAGUGAUAUGCUCAUCAGUUACGGCAGCUGUCAGUUUCCGACCCUUGGGUUUGUAGUCGAGAGAUUCCUAGCUAUCGAUCGAUUCAAGUCCGAGCCAUAUUGGAAGAUCAGAGUGACCGACGAUCGCGAUGGGAUAUUCGUGGAAUUUAGAUGGGCCAGAGUAAGACUGUUCGAGAAAAUGCCUUGCCAGAUCUUUCUGGACAUGUGUUUGGAACGACCGGAAGCCACGGUGGAGAAAGUAACGUGCAAGCCGAAGAGCAAAUGGCGACCUUUACCCUUGGAUACCAUUGAACUAGAGAAACAAGGCUCGCGUAAGCUACACUUGAACGCGAAAGAGACGAUGAGGGUAGCGGAGAAACUGUACACUCAGGGUCUCAUCAGUUACCCGCGCACAGAGACCAAUAUAUUCCCGAAAGAAUUGAAUCUGGCCGCUUUGGUGGGACAGCAAGUGAACAAUCAGGCGUGGGGUAACUUUGCGCGCGGUCUACUAGAGUCCGGGAUAACUCCCAGGCAAGGGAAGAAGAGCGACCAAGCGCAUCCCCCUAUUCAUCCUACCAAGUACAUCGACGGUUUGCAAGGAAACGAGGCGAAAGUGUAUGAAUUCGUGGUUCGGCAUUUCUUGGCUUGUCUGUCGAAGAACGCGGAAGGUCGAGAGACAACGGUGGAGAUCGACAUAGCGGGAGAGAAGUACACGGCUAACGGUCUUCAGGUCGUAGCGAAGAAUUAUCUCGAUGUGUACAUAUACGAGAAAUGGAGCGACAAGCAGAUUCACUCUUAUCAGCAGAGGCAGGUCUUCAGGCCUACCAGCAUAGACAUGGUGGAGGAGAAGACCUCGCCGCCAAAUUUAUUGACCGAGGCUGAGUUGAUUGCACUGAUGGACAAACACGGUAUCGGCACGGAUGCCACUCACGCCGAGCAUAUCGACACUAUCAAAUCCAGGCAGUAUGUGGGUUUGACGAACACUCAGCACUUCAUGCCGGGCAAGUUGGGCAUCGGUCUGACGAUGGGCUACGACAAUAUGGGCUUCCAGAUGUCUAAGCCGAAUUUGCGCGCCGAUUUAGAGAAGGAUUUGCAAUUGAUAUGUCAGCGUCAAAAAGAUCCGAGCGAGGUAUUGCAAAGUCAAAUUAACAAGUACCGCGAAGUGUUCAAAGUAGCGAUAGAGCGCGCUAAUCUCAUAGAUGAUGCUUUAGCGCGUUACCUCGAUGAAAGGCCUAUUCAAAGUGAGGAAACGCAAUUCGUCGAAGACGUCAGCAUUUUCAAGUGUCCAAAGUGCGGCUCCAGCAUGGUUUUGAAAGACAGGAAGCAAGGCAGAGGAAAAUUCAUCAGUUGUACGGGCUAUCCGACAUGUACCAAUGUGAUCUGGUUGUCGGAAGCUGUGGAAGACGUCGAAGUCUUGAGCGAGACGUGCGAUCAGUGCACAGAGAAUAUGCGCAAAUUAAAGUUCAAAUUGGUCAGGAAUGUGAUACCCUUGUAUGGUACUUGUUAUACUACUUGCAUAGGCUGUGAUUCUUCAUUCAAUGAGAUGUUGAACAUUAAGGAAGAUUGCAUCCGGCAAACUGGAAGGUCGAAUUACACCGUCCACAAUAAUACAUCAAGUUCUACCACAUUUCAAAGCUCAGCGAUUGGUUCUGCUCAGCGACAAACUGGAAGGUCGAAUGCCACUUCAAGUACAUCUCAAAACUCAGCUGCUUCGACAGUCGGCUCUACUCAGCGCUUAUAUCAAACGGUCCCCAACAUUUCGAACAGGCCAGUGAAUAGAAGAAAUACGACUAUAACGACUGAUAACGCCGAUCUCUCGACGCAUGAGUGGUGGGAUAGUUUGGAAAACAGAUCGUCUGAAAAUCCUCGCGAUACGGCCAAUAAAACUAACACGUGGGGUAAUAUCGACAAUAACGCUGUGAUCAUGUGCAACUGUCACGAGACAGCGAUACAACUGACGGUGAGGAAAGAGGGGCCGAAUAAAGGACGCUUAUUUUACAAAUGUGCCAAGCCACAAGGUAGCGGCUGCGAUUUUUUCAUGUGGGCCGAAUCUCGGACUGACACAACAAACCAACAUUCCGAUCGGCUAACCAAUCUGGAUAGAAAUGACGCGCAAAGCACCGGUCAUUUUUCUCGCGUCACCUCUGAUUGGGGAAGCAGCUCAAACGAUUGGGGAAGUAGUGCAUCGUCAAACGAUGUCAUGUGCCAGUGUAAUCAGCCCGCUCGAAAGCUUACAGUACACAAAGAAGGCCCAAAUAAAGGACGACAAUUUUAUGGAUGCCCAAAGGGUAUGAACAGCACUUGUAAUUUUUUCAAAUGGGCAGAUGAAAAUACAGAUUGGAGCAAUUCUUCUGUAAAUAGUAGAGGAAGUAGAGAACGUACCAGAGGCGGUAAUGCCCCGAAACGGCCCAAAUUAACUGGUGGUAAGAGAAAGUGCGGCAUUUGCGGAGUCGAAGGUCAUACGAGAAAAACGUGUCCGGAAAAUGUAAUGGACUGAUGCGCCAAUUUUCCUCGAUACAAUAUUGUAAAUACUGUACAGUUGCUUCGAGUGUGAUUAUUACUUUUUGUAAAGGAAACUAAAGUCUUUACUUUUUAA